AUCAGCUGUAUCCAAUCACAGCUGAUCACAUAGCACUGAUGAUCACUGUGCCCUGAUGAUCUGUGUAGUCCCCAGCAGUGCCACCUGUCAGUAUCCAUCAGUGCCAGCUGUCAGUGCUCAUCCAUGCCACCUGCCAGUGCCCAUCAGUGCCACAAUUCAGUGCCUACCAGUGCACAUCAAUGCCACAUAUCAGUGCCCAUCUGAGCUGCCUUUCAGUGUCACCCAUCAGUGCCAGUCAGUGCCACCUAUCAAUGCCAGUCAGUGCCACAUAUCA